UAAUAUUUAAGAGAGUGCUUUUCUUUACGAAGCUUUUCUUUUCCCCUCGCUUCUCAUCAUGGGAAAAGAUUCGAGCAAUAGUCAGCACACGGAGAUGGCUGUGACGGACGCAAAUGCUGCAAUUUGGGAAGAAAUCGAACGUUCUGAAAGUUACCUUGUUGCCUCUAUGUAUGAGGAGGCUGCACCAAUAGCUUCCUCAGUUUUGAGGAGCAUAAGCGAGGGCAAGAUAAAAAACUCAGCGAUCAGCAUAGACGGAUUUGAGUUGCAUGACAUGAUGACAUCAGCUGGUAUGGUGUUGGUUCAGUCCUUGAACCAACUGGGCAGGGCAUCAGACAUUUUGAAUGAGCUCAAAGUACUGUUUGUUUCUGCAGAUGCUAUCCCUGUCCAAGUUCUUCUUAUUGGGGUGUGCUUUCAGAUAUCAGCAGGUUUAUCUUUAGGCAUCAGGGAGUUUCUUGAGGAGUUCCUUAGCAAGUGGCAUUUGGUGGAUGGAAGAUAUAGUGUUCUUGUUGAUGCAAAUGUAGACGCCAAUGUACAGAAAGGAUGUGAUGAGAGGAGUUUUUUGGGAAUUGAUGAGUUUAUGGAGGUUGUUGAAAUCUAUGCUGUUACACUUCUUGGUAAAACUUUGAAGGAUCUGGACCUUGCAAUAGCUUGGGUUGAAAAAGCUGCAAUACCUGAGGAAAGACGGCAGGGACUUUUAAGAAGAUUACACUCCUUGUACUCUGCCAAAGCCAGCAACUCAUCCGAAGGCUCAUCAGUUUUGCCAGAAAAUAACCAUGAAGCUCUCAAUUCAUCAUCAAAAGAACUUAAUAUUUCUAAAGGAUAUUCUGAAGUAUUAAAACCCAAUUACCAGCCUAAUGGGGAUAAUAAUACGAAACAAGGAAUUUUGAAAUUGUCGAGGCGAAUAGACCCACUUUUUUGGUGGUUCCGUUCUAUCAAUUUGAGGGUGGGUAAUCUGCAAUUGGUCAUAACCAAUGGGAAGAUUUUUCUUGGAUGCUUGAUGUUUCUUAUUUAUUACCUUCUCCGACGGAAACAAGCUACUUUAAAAGGGAUUGUUAGGAGACAGCUUGUGUCCAUAAAAAAGGCUUUGGUGGACUUAUGGCAGCUCACCUUUUCAUACCAAGUGAACCCCCUAGCUGCUGUUCAACCUCUUCCUGCAACUCGCGGUGGUCGAUGAUGACUUUUGUCAAGGAAGAAAAACAUAUCCAAGUCUGCCAAUAAUUUCCUUGCAUAAUUGGUUGAGAUCAGGUCAUUGAUAGAGAAAUAAGUGUUACCAAUCCCAACUCACUGAAGAUCCAUGAUUGCUCUUUUUCUAUUUGGAUACUAUUAUAGAAAUCUUAAGGAAGAUGUCGAAUUCUAAUAGGAGUAGAGCUCAAUGUAUGCAAGCCUUGGGUUUAGAUAGGUCAUUUGAGGGGUUUUUUUGCUAAUGGAUACAUCUGUGAGCAUUGAGUAGACCAUUUAUGAGGGAGUAAAUCUCAUAAUUAUGGGUGAUAUAUUACAGGGGCAUUGAUAUUAUGAUUUGCUAGAGAGGGCUUUGGGUGCGGCUGCCUGUUGCUUGUUUCCUGAAAUGCGUAUUGCUGUUAUCUUUGUAAUGGGCAUUGUUCUUCACACAGUGAACUUACUAUCUUCGAUUAAAAGAUAACAAUAAUAUUAUUAUUAUAAAAAAAGAUGAUGUACGGUUUAAGAGAA